CAUUCGACGACAGUUACUCAGCAUUCCAUUGCGAUUUCUGCCUUCUCAAAAACGAUGAGAGUCUUGGUAGCCGUCUUAUUGGCCGUGUCGCCUGCGUUAGCGUGUAUCGGAGGUGCCGGAAGCGCCGGUGGAUGUUGCCCACCAUCCCAGCCAUCGUGCGGAGGAGGAGCUCCACCAUGCUCUAGCUCGAGUUACGCAACCGGAGGCGGAGGCGGAAGCUAUGCCGCCGCGCCUGCCCUUCCACCCCCACCACCACCACCACCGGCACCAAUCGGUGGAGGAGCCGGAUAUGCCGCUCCAUUCGGAGGACCUGGACCAGUCGGAGGAGCCUCGUACUCCCAGGGACCACAAGGAUUCGGAGGACAAGUCGGUGGAGGUGCCUACCAAGCUGGUCCAGGACCAAUCGGAGGAGGAGCAUCUUCGCACGCUGGAUCGCAAGCUGGACCAUCAUACGCUGGAGCUUCCCAAGCUGUCGGAGCAUCCUCAUACGCUAGAUCCCAAGGACCAAUCGGAGGAGGACCCUCAUACGCUGGAGCUUCCCAACCAGCCCCAGUCGCCCCACAAGGAGGCUACAACGCCGGACCAUCUGCCCCAGUCGAGCAAGUUCAACAAGGAGGAUACCAAUCGGGACCAGUCAGCUCUAUCCAGGUGACCCAAGUCUCUCAGGGAGGAAACUACCAAGCUCCACCAGAGCACCAGGCUGUUCAAGUUGUCGAGCAAGUCGCACCAGUCGCCACAUACACCCAGGGGCCAGUCCCAACACCAGUCGAGCAGGUCGUCGAGACUGUUGUCGAGCCACAGCAAGCACCAGAACCAGAACAAGCACCAGAACCACAGCAAGCACCAGAGCCAACCGUAGUCGAGACUGUCCAAGAGGAAAUCGUUCCAGAAAUCGUCGCUGAGACUGAAGCACCAGUCGUCGUUGCAGAGACCGAAGCCCCAGCCGUCGUUGAGACCGAGGCUCCAGUUGUGAUCGAGGAGACCGAGGCGCCAGUUGUCGUUGAAGAGACUCCAGCUCCAGUUGUCGAGGAGACUCAGGCUCCAGUUGCCGCUGCCAAGGAGGAGAGCACCUAUGAUGAUAUUGUUGAGGAGCAGCCAUCCACCGCCACCGAGACCGCCACCGAGCAAGUUGAUACUGUUGAGGAGACCAACGAAGCUGUCGAGUACGCCGAUGAGGAAGGAGACGAGGGAAACUGCGACGAUCCAGAGCUCCGCGCCAUCGUUGAGGCCGCUUUGAAGAACGAGAAGGACAACCUCGAGGCCGCCAGAAAGAUCGAGGGAGACGCCUCGGCCAAGUUCGGAGGACGCUUCAACGCCAUCGUCUCCGACGCCGAGUUCGCCUACGUCAACUGGUACGGAAAGAGAAACUGCCAGCUGAGAUACGAGAACCGUCACUCGCUUACCUGGGAGGAUUAAGCACAUAGUAUUUAGCAGUUUAUUUUUCAAAUAGUUCCUCGCGUCGUAACUUAUCUGUUUUUUCUUCAUCUCACCAACUCCUCAUUAUUUAUGCAUGGUUGCUCAGGCUCUCUGGCUCAUUUUUCUCUCCAUAUUUUUGUUUGAUUUUCUUGGGUUCCCGCCGUUGCCAUUCCCCUGACAAAAAAUAUGGUCGGCAUUUGUCUGUACAAAUUGAAAAAAAUGAUGAUGAUGAUUCUUGAAUAAAGAAUUCUAUAUUUUUGAAAU